GCGGCCGCAGCAUCCGGGGCCUGAGCCCCGCUGCCGCUCGCGCUCGGCCAUGGCGGAGGCCUCGGUUGGGCGGCAGAGCCCCAGGGUGGUGCCGUACCCAGCGCGCAGCCUAUGUCCUGCAGAGCCUGCCCUUCAGACUGCAGCAGUUGUGUCCAUGGGCUCAGCUGAUCAUCGACUGAACUUAGCAGAGAUCCUUUCACAGAACUAUGGUGUCCGGGAAGAAAGGGAGGAGGAGGAUGAUACUCAGGAGAAGCAGAAAUCUUUAGAAGAGCUGGAGAAGAGCUUCAGUGCCUCUCAGCUGGUGUUGUGCUCGGUGAUUGUUCCCUUCCUGAUGAAGCUUUGUCCUCCUCUCGCUCAGAGCAGUGAAAUGCCAUUUGAGGAGCUGCUUGCACUUUAUGGCUAUGAGGCAUCUGGUCCCAUCUCGGAGCAGGACAGUGAGAGCAAUGAUAUUACUCCAAAUCUCCCAGAUAUGACUCUGGAUAAGGAACAAAUAGCGAAGGAUUUGCUUUCAGGGGAAGAAGAGGAGGAGACACAGUCUUCAGCUGACGACCUGACGCCAUCCGUCACAUCGCACGAUGCAUCGGACCUAUUCUCAAACCAGCCCGGGUCAAACAACUUUCUUGCUGAUGAAGACAAAGAACCCUGUUCAUCUCCAUGUGCUUCCUCCAUGGCUGAGGAUUCGGAGGAGGAUUCCAUCCCAUCCAAUGAGUGCAAGAAGGAGAUCAUGGUUGGACCUCAGUACCAAGCCACUGUUCCCAUCCUCCACUUGAACAGGCAUGGGGAAAAAGUGCUUUUUCUGUUAGCCUAUGAGAAUGAAGAUCAGCUGCUUUGGGACCCAAACAUCCUCCCUGAGAGAGAGGUGGAGGAGUUCCUGUACCGCGCAGUGAAGCGGCAGUGGGACGAGCUGUCCAGCAGCAGCCUGCCAGAAGGAGAGAUGGUGAAGGACAACGAGCAGGCUUUGUACGAGCUGGUUAAAUGCAACUUCAAUGCAGAAGAGGCACUGCGGAGGCUACGGUUCAACGUGAAGGUCAUCAGAGAUGAGCUUUGUGCCUGGAGCGAGGAAGAAUGUAGGAAUUUUGAGCAUGGCUUCAGGGUCCAUGGGAAAAACUUCCACCUUAUCCAGGCAAACAAGGUCCGUACCCGGUCAGUGGGCGAGUGUGUGGAAUAUUACUACAUGUGGAAAAAGUCGGAGCGUUACGACUACUUCACUCAGCAGACACGUUUAGGAAGGAAGAAGUACGUCCACCCUGGAGCCACGGAUUACACCGACAAUGACUUGGAUGGGGGUGAAGCUGAAAACUCCACUCGUGCUCGGAACUCCCCACCCAUUCCCUCUGGAACUGGCUGCCUGGAUUCCCACUUCAGUCAAGACCAGAUAGCAAUAGAGAGCACAGAGCCCCUGAGUGUGGAGAGCACUGCCUGCAGCCUGGGCAGCAUGAGCGAGUCGGGGCAGGGCUAUGAGUGCAGCCCUCCUUCGGAGACCAACUGCUCCUUCGACCCCCAGGAAGAGCCAUCCUCAGGCACCCCCUCGGCUCCCUGCCCUCGCCACCCUGCUGCCAGCACCGAGCCGCGGCUCUUCCCUCUGCCCCCGGCACGGCUGGAGAAGCCGGAGCCGUUGCAGAGCUCCGGUGGGACGCUAAGCAUGGACUUCCCUCUCCCUGCAGACAUUAAUGAGGCUUUGCCUUUAAUCGCUGGCCCUGUGGAUUUGGACAGAGAGGCAGAGGUGGCCCCAGCGCAAGUGUCCUUAUCGGUCAUGGAGUUUGGCCUCAUCGGCAUUGGAGAUGUAAAUAGUUUCCUGAGUGCUCACCAGGCUCCUGUGGCUCACUCAGAGCCUUUGUCACAGUGAAAGCCUCCACUCACGGACUUGUCACAGCCCCAGCAAGGACUUUGACCUGACUGACUUAGAUCCGGGAACUUCCAUUGUUCCACAGGGACAGUUUGGAGCUGUUGGUCAGAAUCCGUCUUUCCAUCCUCCUUGAUCCAAGUGAAACCAAACACCUUUCUGCUCCAGUGUGUUCUGACAGCAUCCCACAAAGCUGGUGGCUGGCUGUGGUGAGGGGGGGAGCUCGGUCACCCCCUCUUGCCUUGACCCUGUGUCACCCCAGGUAAUGCCAGGCUUGGAGAGUCCCUGCCGUGGGCCAGGGGAAGUGGCCUUGGCCCCAGAGAUGCUUUGAGAGCAGGGAUGUGUCACUGGUGCCAUGGGGACGGGGGCACAAGAUGCGGUCUGGAGGUCCGAGAGCUUAGGACAUGCCCAGGGAGCACGUUCCAAGGGACAGGCAUGGCCAUGCCAGAGGAGGAGGACGAGGAGCCUUCGCCCUUCACCCACAGGUAGCGUGUUGCAGUGGAAUCAUCCUGCCCAUUCCCAUUGUGGGUCCUGGCACCCCAGUGGUGAUCUCUGCCCACUGUGGUGUGUUCCUGCGGGUGGGAUGCAGCUGGAGGCCGGCCUCGGGUCCUGGCAAAGGGAUCCUGGCUGUGCUUAAGCCCUUCUCGCCUUCCCUUGCAGGGAAUUGCCCUGGCAGGAAAGGGAGUUUCUAGACCUCCACCAGAGCGGUGCCGCUUCAGUGCCCGGUGGUGAAUGACUUGAUCCUUGUGAGCACUGCAGUGCAGGAAGGGAAACUGCAGAUAGAAAGGUCUGGAACGGCUGGAGGAAGAGGAGGGCACCAAGUGUAGGACCCCAGUGAGAGCAUGGAAUUCCAGGCAGGAGAGAGCAUCCCUGCCCCUUCCUGCAGCACAGGGAAAGCUGUUUUCCAAGGGGAGAGUCCGUCUUUACUGCCAUUAGCAGUGUCCAGGGAGGUGACAGGGCUGUGCUGGAGGCCGGAGCAGCUUCGCUUCCAGGGUGUGUUCCAGGGCUUGGGUUUGCCCCUGGCUUCAAUGCACGUGUUCUCCUUCCCCUUUUAUCCAUGCAGGAAUGCUGUCCGGCUGGCGCAGACCUUCCCUCCUCCACUCCUUUUCCACAUUUGGGAAGGGGUUGAGGUUUUCUGCUGGGUUUUGUUGAGCUGCCAUCAGUGGCUUUGGACGGUGACUAAACCCAUUAACCCGCAUCCUGCUGUCGCCAACCCUGGGGGGGGAAUGACAGGAUCACACCUUGUGGCUCCUCUUGCAAGCCCCAGGCUGGUUUCAUGGGCAGGCUUUGCUGUGAGGGGUGCUGAGCUCCAUCCAUCACCAGGUGCUAACCGGGCUCCAGUGGAAGGCAAACGCAUGGCACCAGAGUGGAACCACCUGGCUCUGAAUCCUCUUUCCUGGUGGGAGAGGAAGCUCCUUGGAGGGAAGAGGAGCAGGACAGGAGCAGAGCCUCGGCCUCUCCUCUCUACCAGCCACGAACAGGCUUAGUUUUCCCCAGUCUCUUCUUCCUUUGGUUCCUUUCAAGCCCUCCGGAGGCAGGGAUCCCUUAUUUAUGUUCUCCAGUGCUGUUUACAGUCGCAUGGGCUCCUUCCCCACCACCGGGGCCCUGCUUUUCCCACCCAUCUUUAGGGGAGAGGAGGGCAGGAAAGGAUGGGAGGGAGCGGGGUUUUGGUGGGGUUUUCUUUCUCCUUUACAAAGCACAUUCACUUUGAGCCCCUCCUGCUGCUGGACUCGUCCCCCCCAACCCCUACACUGUGAACUGAAACUGCCUUGAAGCCCCCUCGCCGCUAUUUAUUUGAUUAAACCCCUCAUUUGAAAGUGA